CGUGAUGCUGGGGCGUAGGGCGGGGGGCAAGGGGCGCUCCAAGAGGGGCAGGACAGAGUCGGGCCAUGGACCUGACCUUGGUGUGUGUGGUGGGAGGAGGGCUCGCGCUGUCUGUCCCCAGCCGGCAGCUUCAGACGACGGGGGAUGGGAAUGCCUAACUUUAUUCUGAAGACAACCCGGAGCCAAGGGGGUUAACCUCAGCAACUUCCCGCUCUCCCCCCAUCACCCCCCAAAAAAACCUCAACCCGCUAGCCAUGGGCAGCCGAGAUCACCUGUUCAAAGUACUGGUGGUGGGGGACGCCGCCGUGGGCAAGACGUCGCUGGUCCAGCGAUAUUCCCAGGACACCUUCAGCAAACACUACAAGUCCACGGUGGGAGUGGAUUUCGCUCUGAAGGUUCUCCAGUGGUCUGACUCGGAGAUGGUGCGACUCCAGUUGUGGGAUAUUGCAGGACAAGAGCGUUUCACCUCUAUGACAAGACUGUACUAUCGAGAUGCUUCUGCCUGUGUCAUUAUGUUUGAUGUCACCAAUGCCACUACCUUCAGUAACAGCCAAAGGUGGAAACAGGACCUGGACAGCAAGCUUACACUGCCCAGUGGAGAGCCAGUACCGUGCCUACUCCUGGCCAACAAGAGUGAUCUGUCGCCUUGGGCAGUGAGCCGGGACCAGAUUGACCGGUUCAGUAAAGAGAAUGGUUUCACAGGCUGGACCGAAACAUCAGUCAAAGAGAAUAAAAAUAUUAAUGAGGCCAUGAGAGUCCUCGUUGAAAAGAUGAUGAACAAUUCCAGAGAAGAUACCAUGUCUUUAUCCACCCAGGGAAACUACAUCAAUCUACAAUCCAAGUCCUCCUCCAGCUGGGCCUGCUGCUAGAAGUUUUGCCUUGUUUUCCAUCCCCACUCUAGGAUCCACUCACCUUUUCCUGUUGGUUGCUCACCCAGCACAAGGGAGCCAGGCAUGGUGGUGCACAUCUUUAAUCCCAGCACUUAGGAGACAGAGGUAGGAGGAUCUCCAUGAGUUCAAGGUCACCCUGAGAUGACAUAGUAAAUUGCAGGUCAGCCUGGACUGGAGUGAGACCCAGCCUUGAAAACAAAACAAACGAACAACAAACAAAAAAAAAAAAAAAAUACUCUCUUAAGGACAUUUGAAGAGCUGGGGAGUCAGUAAAAUGCCUGCCUUGCAAGCAUGAGGACCUGAAUUUGAUCCCCAGAACCCACCUAACACUGCUGGACAUGGACAUGGAUGCACAAUUGUAAUCCCAGCAUUGGGGCGAUGGGGACAGAAGGGGGAUCCCUAGGGCUCACGGUGCCUAGUCUAAUUUUGUGAGCUGCAGACUGUGCCUCACUUAAGAGUUAUACAGGGUACCUGAGGGACACCAUCAAAAAUUGUGUUCUGACACAUAGGCACACACACGCAUACAUGUAUUUGUACACAUACACAUAGAUUUUUUAAAAAUUUGAAGCAGGGCAUGAUGACACAUGCCUUUAAUCCCAGCACUCGGGAGGCAGAGGUGAAAGAAUCGCCGUGAGUUCACAGCCAGCCUGAGACUCCAUAGUGAAUUCCAGGUCAGCUUGAGCUAGAGUGAGACCCUACCUCAAAAGAAAAGAAAAAAUUGAACUGUCUUUUGCCAACUACCCAGAAAGGAGGAAAGACCACCCAGGACCCACGUGAAUUUUUGUCCUCCCUGGAUGUUGUGUCUAGCUUGCUGUUGACCCAUGUGGUCCACUUAAAGACUUCUGUGUAAAAAUUAUCAUUUCAUCCCUCAAUUUGUGUGAGGGAUUGGAAAUCAGCAUCUGUGUGUUUAUGUUUUGUGAUGCUGACAAUUGAACCUGUGGCCUUGCACAUGCUAGGCAAGCACUUUACCACUGAGCUACAUCCCAAGCCCCAGCAUGUGAUCUGUAGGUUAGUUGUUUUUGGUGUGUGUGUGUGUGUGGGUGUGUGUGUGUGUGUGUGUGUGUGUGUGUGUGUAGGCCAGAGGUUGACAUGAUAACUUCCUCAAUUGCUCUCCACCUUAUUUUCCUGAAGCAGGGUCUCACUUGAGUCUAGGGCUUGCACAUUUGGCUAAUCUGGCUAGUCAUCUUGCCCUGGGGAUCCCCCAUCCCUGCCUCCCAAGGGCUGGGAUUCCAGGCAGGCUGCCAUUCCCACCUGGCAUUUACUUCAGUGCUGGGAAUUCUAACUCCACUUCUCACACUUGCACCAACCAUGCUUCAUCCCUGAGCUAUUUCCCAAUCCCACCAUCUGUGUUUUGAAAUCAUAAUUCUCAGCCAGUUGUGAUAUAAACACAUGUGAACACACAACAUACACCCAAAAAAAAAAAAAAAAACCUCAAUCCUCA